ACGACGUUUCGCUUAAAUCCGCGUACAUAACAAUCUCCUAUCUCUCUUUGAACGUGUAGUAAGGUACACGUCACGAAUAUAAAGCUACCGAUACCUAUAUAGUAGGAUUCUGUGAAAGCUUAGAUUUUUGAGAUCCAGCCUUUUAAUUGUGAUUAAAACAACCAAAAUGAGUUACGGGUACCAAGGACCGCCAGUGAUUCAAUUUCCGGGACAUGCACCAGUACCAACAUCAUUUGGGGUUCCACCUGGUACACCCUCUGCUCCUGGUGCUGCCUGUGCCCCUGGUGCUGCAUCUGUCCCAGGUGCUCCACCUCAUUCUCAAGGUGGCAACAUAGGUUUCAUGAAUGCUCCCCCUACAUCUUUUGGAAUGCCACAACCUUAUUCCCCAUAUCCUUCAACUCCUUAUCCAGCCCAACCAAAUCAUUCAUUCCCAGGACAGUGUCCUGCCCAGGCAUCAAGAGGACCCUCCAUGCCUAUGCCUCAAUCUGCACCUUAUUUAUCCCAGCAAACACAACAAUCAUAUCCUAAUCAACCUUCUGCAUACCUACAACAGCAAAACUAUAAUGUAUAUCCAAAUCUUCGACAUGCACCGGAAGCAAAAGAAUGUUUCAGUGAAUCCUCUCCUUAUUCUUCCACUCCUAACACUUAUUCAAACAAUGCAAGCUUCUUUCCAGGCGGAAGCUAUCCUGGGGGGCAGGGUAUAGGUUCCCAUUCUCCAUAUGGAGGUAAAUCCACUUCUUCCCAACAUACACGCCCAGCCCCCCGGAGAGAUCAGUUUACACCUAAGUUGUCCCCUACUGUUGUGCCCUACGGUAAUUUCGAUCCAAGAGCGGAUGCGGAAAUUCUGAGGAAAGCAAUGAAAGGAUUUGGUACUGAUGAGACUAGUAUCAUUAAUGUACUCGCUGCUCGUAGUAACUUGCAACGCCAAGAAAUUGCUGUACAGUUUAAAACCCUGUACGGAAAGGAUCUUAUUAAGAACUUGAAGUCUGAAUUAUCGGGCAAUCUUGAGAAACUAGUUCUUGCUAUGAUGAUGCCACUACCACAGUAUUAUGCCAAAGAACUGCAUGAUGCAAUGACCGGUGUUGGUACCGACGAAUGCGUUCUUAUUGAGGUACUAUGCACCAUGUCCAAUCACGAGAUCCGUGUAAUUAAACAGGCUUACGAAGCAUUGUAUGGAAGAACGUUGGAAGAUGAUCUAAAAGGUGAUACAUCAGGAAACUUCAAACGUUUAAUGGUAUCUUUAUGUUGUGCUAACAGAGAUGAAUCAUUCGAUGUGGAUCCUGCUGCCGCGGUAGAAGAUGCCAAAGAACUUCUCAGAGCCGGUGAACUGCGUUUUGGUACCGACGAAUCAACGUUUAACGCCAUUCUUGUUCAGAGGAAUGUCCCGCAAUUGAGACAGAUAUUCCAAGAAUAUGAGAACAUAACUGGUCAUGCCAUUGACAAUGCUAUUGAAAACGAAUUCUCUGGUGAUGUAAAGAAAGGUCUCCUCGCUAUUGUCAAGUGCGUAAAGAACAGACCCGCUUUCUUCGCUGAACAAUUGUACAAAAGUAUGAAGGGUCUGGGAACCGAUGAUGAUCGUUUGAUCAGAUUAGUCGUUACACGUUGCGAAGUGGACAUGGGAGAGAUCAAAGAAGUCUUCAGACAACAGUAUAAUGAAUCUUUAGAAGACUUCAUAUCUGGUGAUUGUUCGGGCCAUUAUAAAAAGUGUCUCUUGGCUCUUUGUUAAUAUAAUCUGAAGCUUUGUAGGUGUUUUACAAUGAAUCUCCAGUUAUACCGCUACUUCUGAAAUGCUCAUGUACUAUAAAAGUAUUUCAAAUGACUAUAUGCCUAAUAUAAAUUCACAAAAGUGUCAAACCAUGUGAUUUGGAUAGUACUAUUAUU